AUGGGGUCUUCAAAGGGACUGUGGAAAGAGAGGCCUUCAGCCCACACCUCUGAAUGCUUUUCCACCACAGCAUGCCCUGUGGCCUGUAUCCUGCUGGUGUGGAACAGUCAGACCCCUGCACGGCUGCAGAGCCUCUGUACUGGGUGGCAUCCCAGCCUGAGUGCCACAGCUCAGUGGGUAGGCCUCCGAGCAAGUAGAGAGGAGGGCACUUUUUGGACAGAAUGUGUGGGGCAAGAGCGAUGGCUCAUCUGUUCAGGUUACUCACAAAAUGAGAGUCAGGAAGAUCAGGGCACAGACCUGAUUUCCCACACAGGGCUGAAAGCAGACAACCGGAGGGAGAGCAGCACCUGGGCCAAUGAGGUAGAAGACAGAAGACCACAGUAUACUCCUGCCCUCAACCUCAACCCCUCCCACACACAUCCUCCACGCCCCCUAACCACCUUCCUCAGAAGUGUAAUAGGAAUCCAGAUAUCCCCUGGCCUGGUUGCUGCAGGAGGCACAGUGGCCUGGAGGAUCCUGAGGCAGUUGUGGGAAGAUGUGGAUUGUCUAACUGGAGGUUGGGAGUCCAGGGUGCAGAAGGAGAAGCUUGGAGUGCAGGGUUUGGUGGUAUGUGUGUGGCAACAGGCAAAAGAAAGAGACAAUUAA